AUGCCUGACCAGACGAGCCGCUCGGUUACCUUCACCAUUCUGGGUAUUAUGAUGGAGUAUGGCCUAAUUGCUAAGCUAAGAUGUGAUCAGGGUCCGGCUUUCCGAGCCGCUUUCUUCAAGAAGGAGAUGCGUAAGGUUGGUACUGUGGUUGUCUAUAGCUCUAGGUUUUCUCCUUGGGCUAAUGGUCUAGCGGAGAAAUCCGUUGGCGGUAUUAAGAAGGUUAGUCGAUUGGUUGCUCGAUCUUGCGAAGGUUCUAAGUCAUGGGAACGCUUUAUCGGCUUGGCUAUACGAAGGCUAAAUUCGAGACCUUUAACGGUGUUAGGUCUCCCUAGUCUUACUCCAUUUGAUAUUAUGUUUGGACGCCGAGCUCUGGAAGAAGAGGAGAUGUCGUUGUUAUCCUCUAAAAGAUUGGAGUCCGACGAAGAGACUGUAAACCAAGAGGGUGCCGAACAGCUUGAUAAGGCCAGAGAAGCUGUUCGGGAGCAGGUUCGACAUAGCCUCUUCGAUCGUGAUGUGACCGUCAGGCGCCGAUUGCCGAAGCUCAAGCCUGGUGAUAGGGUUCUAAUCUUUCGCCCUUCUAUGAAGCCUGGCAGAGCAGGUGCUGCUGGGUCUUACAGUGAUAAAGUUUAUGUAGUUAUGAGGGUUCUCGAUUACGUUUUGUAUCUUCGUCCAGAAGACUGUCAAUCUGAUCCUCAGACUGAAGUUCGAGAACAUAUCCGUAAUGUUCGUUUGUAUUACCGUUAA